AUGUUAGUAAACAGAGUGUUUUAUUUCUUGGCAGUGUUGAACGUCGCUGGAGGCAAGGCUCCGAUGCAAUCUAGCAGCUCUGAAGGUGGAAUACCUCAAAAGGCUGUCGAUGGUAGCAGCGGUCAAGUUUACAAUCCUCAAACUUGCACACUCACCAGGGCAGAGGUCAAACCUUGGUGGUAUGUUAAUUUAUUGGAACCUUACAUGGUACAGUUGGUCAGGUUGGACUUUGGAAAAGCUUGCUGUGAACAAUCUCAUAUUUUCUUCUGA